AGUGAGAUUGUGGUGGUGGUGUUUAGUGAGAUUGUGUAGUUGUUUACUGAGAUUCUGGUGUUUAGAGAGAUUGUGUUGUUUAUUGAGAUUGUGUAGUUUAGUGAGAUUGUAUAGUUUAGUGAGAUUGUGUAGUUGUGUGUUGUCUGAACUGAACUGCACUCCCCGUGUGGCGGGAAACUCUGAAUGUCCCGGAUGUGGUGCGCGCCGGAAGAGAAGGCGACGUCACCCGCGUCCAUCUUGUGUUUGCUCUUCGGCGAGCCUCUUCGUUCCGCUCCCCAGCCGCGCCGAAUCGGAGGAGAAUCCCGCCGCCGGGGCGCCAUCAUGCCCGGACACCUGCAGGACGGUUUCGGCUGCGUCGUUACCAACCGCUUCGACCAGCUGCUGGAUGACGAGUCCGACCCGUUCGACAUAUUGAAGGCGGCAGAGAACAGGAGGAAAGACGCGGCCGCCGCCGCCGCCGCCAGCAAACCCGCCGCUCAGGCCGCCAGACAGCCCAAGAAGGAGUCGCAGAAGGAGCGGAAGAACCCGCCGCCGGAGCGGAAGGAGGACCCGCAGCCUGCAGCGCCGCUCAAGAAGGACGGUGUAAGGAGGAUGGGGAGGAAGCAGCAGGAGCAGCAGGGGCAGAACACUCCCCACCAGCAGGGGGCGCCGGGAGAACGGAGACCGGAGAGACGAGUCCACCGAGAGCGUCGCUUCGAAAAGCCACCUGAGGAAAAACAUGAAGGAGGAGAAGCCAGUGUGGACAAGCCAGUAGGAGACAGACCACCGAGGGGUCGUGGUGGAGGUCGUGGUGGUCGUGGAGGUCGUGGACGGGGAAUCGGAAGAGCUGACGGAUUUGACUCUCGAGGAAAGCGUGAAUUUGAACGACACAGCGGAAACGACAAAUCCAGCCAGAAAGCUGAGGAGAAGCGAGGAGGAGCCGGAUCACACAACUGGGGCAACACCAAGGAAGAAGCCAGUGAACUGCACCAAUCGGCCGCACCUGAAGCACCUGUGGAAGGGGAGGAGCCUGCUGCGCCUGUUGACUCAGAAAACAAAGAGAACGAGGUUGAGGAAGUGAAGGAGGAAGGCCCCAAGGAGAUGACCCUGGACGAGUGGAAGGCCAUGCAGAACAAAGAGCGGGCGAAGGUGGAGUUCAACAUCCGCAAACCAAACGAAGGCGACGAGGGCCAGUGGAAGAAAGGAUACGUGCUGCACAAGUCGAAGAGCAAAGACCUGGGCAGGCCGUCUGGAACUCUGAUUGAAACUGGAGAUGCUAACGCUGAGUCACUCCACAAGGGAGCCUCUGAAGACGGCUCAGGCGACCACCACUUCCGCAAACCAGCCAAUGACAUCACCUCCCAGCUGGAGAUCAACUUUGGAGAUUUGGGCCGCCCUGGGCGUGGUCGGGGGGGCUCCCGGGGUGGCAGAGGGGGCCGGGGAGGUGGAAACCGGGCAGGGCGCGGUGGAGGCAGGUCUGAGAAGGGAGGCGGAGUGUCUGUUCCUAACGUGGACGACCCCGAGGCGUUUCCCGCCUUGGCCUAAACCCUGACCUUUGACCCUUGAGCCCCUCCUCUACGAGGCCUGCAUGCUUACGGAUCCUUCGACUCUAGAUAUCAUAAAAAAGAAAAAGAAAAAAAAAAAACGUGUAAAAGAGAGACUGUCAUGUACACCAUAGUGAGGACUGAAACCCCGCCCCCAUGUUAACGGACUUCUCUCGUUACACUGAAGCUAAUUCUCGAUAGAGCUUUUGUAUUUAGAGACAUGAUAGAUAGCAGGGAUGUUCCUACAGUAUUUUAUUUUAUUUCUGAUUCGAUUGCUGUUUGAAUGUAAGGCUUUUCCAGCAUAGCGUUUGAAGUGAGUUUAAGCUUUCGUUUGUUCUCCUUCUAUUUUUGGCGUAUUUUAAUAUUUUUGAGCAAAAGGAGAAUGUGGGUCUAGUGCUAAUUUUACUGUUAUUGACGUACAGAAGUAAUGUAUCACUUUAAAUAUUUUAAACGAAGCUCUGAGGUCAAGUUCCUGUUAUUUGAUUUUUUUUUUUUCAUGGAGCUCUUUGCUUGGCCUGUAGCAAAACCGUAAAUAUGUGAAUGCUUCGUUAUAUAUUUUUAUUUUUUUUCCUUUCGUCCCUUUUCAUUUAAUUUCUCUUGCUGUGUUGUGUUCUUGUUCUGUUUGUUUUUCUUUUCUUUCUUCUUUUUUUUUUUUUUUUUUUUUUUUUAGGCUGGUCCUCUCGUACGUCACCUUUUACAAAAAAACGUUGGGAACACUUUUAAAAGUCUGUGUGUGUGUGUGUGUGUGUGUGUGUCCUGAUGUUGCUAAGUGACAAGCGUCCCUCUGUCCAUGAGGGCGGAGCUUAAGUCAAAAUUUCCAUCAGCCAACCAGAUCAUAUUUAACUUUAGCUAGCUGGGUAGUGAACUUGGCUAGCUGCUUAACAUCACAUAAAUUAUUGUUAGCUAAGCUACCUACUUAUUGCUAAUGAAAGCAGAGUGCUACAUUUACGUGUCUUAGCUAAGCUUGUGUAAAUUUGAACUGUUUUAUGCUUAGCGCUACAUCAGACGAAGACAUUAUGAGGAGGUGGUGAUUGGCUAAUUCAGCUUGCCUUAAGCUGACCCUUGGCAGAAUCAGGACAUGUGAGUGUUUGUGUGCGAGUUUUGCGUAAACAGGCAUGUGCUACGGUAGUUGCGUUACGGGAUGACGGCGGUGAUGACCAUUUUAGGGAUAUUAUCGUGACAUUGCGUUCUCAUUGGGCAGUGACGGACACGCUUUCCAGUUUGGCUGAGAAUAAGGACCAUUACAAGACAGCCGUCCUUGCACAAACCUUUUUUUUUUUUCUUUUUUUUUUUUUGUGAUCGUAUAACCGAUUAUCACAUGCACAUGCCUGUACACGAGUCACCUAAAGUUCUCGAACCUGAAGUUUUAUCUUUAUUAUUGUUGUUAUUAUUAUUAUUAUUAUUAUUAUUAUUAACGCCUCAGCAUGCUUCAUGUGGAGACGACGUCUGCCAGCGUUGGGCAAAGACCACACCACCUUCAUGAACUUACGAAGCUCACUUCCUCGAGUGAACAUUAUUGAACAUUACCAGUUCUGCACAUAGCGCUGUUACUGUUUAAUGACUGUUUCCAUGACUACAGGAAGCAUACUGUCGCUCCUCAGAAGCAUCCAUCUUGGGCACACCUUGCUUGUAACAGCGUGUUCGUCCACGUGACGACUGAAGCCUCCAAUAUAUGAUUUACGUUGUAUUUUUUUUGUGGAAGCCAACCAAUCGUCAUCUCUGUAUGAAGUACGCUGAGGUUUUUUUUUCUUUAGCGCUGAUUGCUGACAUAUCUUUGCACUUAGAUAAAUGAUUUUUUAGCUAACAAGCACAUGAUCUGUCCCUGUUUUAUCCUUUUUUUUUUUUUUUUUAGUAUUUACAGCAGCACUACUCGAAGAACAUGCUCAAUUCAGGGUGUGUGUGUGUGUGUGUGUGUACGUGUGUGUGAGCGUGUGUGAGUGUGUGUGUGGUUUAUCCUGAACCUGGGAGUGACAGUAAACUGGAGGACACUAGGACAUGUUGGACUCCUCGGACAGUGGGAGACUCCGUGACUGGACUCUUUGUAGGACUUUUGGUUUUCCGGAUGUUUCUGCAUUCACACGUCCCUGUUCAAUAAACUUCCCACAGGUGUUAAUGUCA